GCCACGGCGGCCGCUCUGACAGCUGACUCUAUCUCUGUGGUGUAGAAGUCACGGCCGCGGUGCCUGCCGGGAGCUGGGAGUUAUACAAGUGUCAGGGGGAAGAUGGCGGCGGUCGUGGUCUCCUUGAGACGUAGCGGAUCCUUGCUGAGGGCUGCGGGGGCGAUACAGGCCUGUCGUGGCGCUCAGACAGCCGCAGCGCCAGCCUCCCAGGCCGCAGCCCGCGUGAAGAAGUUUGCCGUCUACAGAUGGGACCCAGACAAGCCCGGAGACAAGCCGCACAUGCAGACCUAUGAUAUCGACCUGAACAUGUGUGGCACCAUGGUCUUGGAUGCUCUUAUUAAGAUUAAGAAUGAGAUGGACCCUACGCUAACCUUCCGCAGGUCAUGUCGAGAGGGUAUCUGUGGCUCCUGUGCCAUGAAUAUCAACGGGGGGAACACUCUGGCCUGCACCACGAAGAUCGAUGAAAACCUGAGCAAAGUUUCCAAAAUCUACCCCCUGCCUCACAUGUAUGUGGUGAAGGACCUUGUUCCUGAUUUAAGUAACUUCUACGCCCAGUAUAAAUCCAUUGAGCCCUAUCUGAAGAAGAAGGAUGAGACCAACGAGGGGAAGGAGCAAUACUACCAAUCCAUCGAGGACCGUGACAAGCUGGACGGGCUGUACGAGUGCAUCCUGUGUGCCUGCUGCAGCACGAGUUGUCCCAGCUAUUGGUGGAAUGCAGACAAGUACCUCGGACCUGCGGUUCUCAUGCAGGCUUAUCGCUGGAUGAUUGACUCUAGAGAUGACUACACAGAGGAGCGAUUGGCCAAGCUGCAGGACCCCUUCUCCUUGUACCGCUGCCACACCAUCAUGAACUGCACAAGGACGUGCCCCAAGGGCUUAAAUCCUGGCAAAGCUAUUGCUGAAAUCAAGAAAAUGAUGGCAACCUAUAAGGAGAGAGCUGCCGCGGCAUAACUGAUCCCAUCUCGCGUAGCGCUGGACUUUCCUGAACCCCGCCUAUUGCGCUGAUGGACACUGCAAGGCGUUUCUGAAGCCUCUUAAUAUGCUGCGCUUUAAGGAUGUGAAGAAGUAAUUGGAUGAAUUGUACACGUUUUAAUAUUUGCUUAAUUAAAAUGGUCAGUCUUCCGUUCUGUGCUGAGUGUUACCGCAACGGACACUGCCAUACCUCGCUGAAGCCCGUAUCGGAUCUGAAAUAUGUUAAUGCCUGUGUUUCUCCGCUAAUUAAUAUAUAUAUCUGGAAUAACUAUUAAAACGGUUUGCCAAUUAAACAGAGAAUUAUUUGAAUCCCAUCUCAAUAAUACUGUGGUCGGUGCCUCCUGCCCUGUGUUGUAUGAUGGGUCACUGACAUGUAGGAGGAGAUGGCAGUCCCACCAGUGACCGGAUGGCAGCAGAGAGUCCCUGACAAUAUGCUUGUCCCUUAUCUGUUACCUAAGAGGCAUGGAAAGUGCUUGCGGGGACAGCAGGGAGUACUGCGCUGCACUUUCCAACAUCUCUGUAAUGAAAACGUGAGGGGCCUGAAUAUCUGAUUCUGCUUUCGUUACUCGAAUAAUAAAAUUCUGCCUUUUUAGAUGUU